GUAGACCUCCAGAAGCGCACCUGAAUGGAGCGGUCAUUCAUUCGCCUCUAGAGUGCACUGUCCCGGUCAGACUCGUCUCAUUCGCCCCGUAGUAGAGCGCACAGUCCCGGCCUGUCCUGCAGAGUGCCUCGGUCUGGAGCUCCGUGCUUUGGCUCACACAUGUCCGACCCAACCUCUCCGCCCGCCCCGGGAGAUGUGCCCGGUGCAGAGGCCUUGUUCCGCGGGUACAAGCCGUUCAAGCCCGAGGAGCACGGCCUGGACCGCGGCUUUCGGCUCACCGCCUUCUCGGAGCUGAAGGGAUGAGGCUGCAAAGUCCCCCAGGAGGCUCUGCUCAAGCUCCUGGCGGGACUGGAGCCUCCUUCGGCCGGGGAGGGAGCGGGGAAGACCGGGGAGCAGGAGUUUGACGUGUCCGGGCCCAGACUGGGCGUUGGGAUGGACUGCUGUGUGAUCCCUCUUAGACAUGGAGGACUGUCUCUGGUCCAAACCACAGACUUCUUCUACCCCCUGGUGGAGGAUCCAUACAUGAUGGGUCGAAUUGCCUGUGCCAAUGUGCUGAGUGACCUGUACGCCAUGGGCAUCACCGAGUGUGACAACAUGCUAAUGCUGCUGAGUGUUAGCCAAAAGAUGAACGAAAAGGACCGGGAACGUGUGAUGCCGUUGAUGAUAGAGGGAUUUCGUGACGCAGCGGAGGAGGGCGGGACUUCUGUCACAGGGGGGCAGACAGUAGUAAACCCGUGGAUCAUUGUGGGAGGAGUGGCCUCUGUCGUCUGUCAGCCCAAUGAGUUCAUCAUGCCUGAUGGAGCCGUUCCAGGAGACGUUCUGGUCCUCACUAAACCUCUGGGGACUCAGGUGGCUGUGAACGCUCACCAGUGGCUCGAUCAGCCUGAACGAUGGAACAAGAUCAAACUGGUGGUGUCCAAAGAGGAGGUUAAGGAGGCGUAUCAGGAGGCCAUGUUUUCUAUGGCCACUUUAAACCGCACAGCGGCCGGUCUGAUGCAUAAGUUCCAAGCGCACGCGGCCACAGACGUCACGGGCUUCGGGCUCCUGGGUCACGCCAAUAACCUCGCCGCUCAACAGAAGAACGACGUUGCCUUCGUCAUCCACAACUUGCCCAUCAUUGCCAAGAUGGCCGCCGUCAGCAAGGCCUGUGGAAAGCUGUUCAACCUGAUCCAGGGCACCUCCGCAGAGACCUCGGGGGGUCUGCUGAUGUGCCUGCCUCGGGAGCAAGCCGCCAAGUUCUGCUCUGAGAUGAAGAGCCAGCGUGCGGCCACCGGGGGGCAAGGCGGAGCGUGGAUCAUUGGCAUAGUAGAGAAAGGAGACAGACGAGCAAGAAUCAUCGACAAACCGCGAAUCAUUGAAGUGCCGCCACGAGGGAGGGAGGCCACCAGCCCGGCAACCAGCCCGGCAACCAGCCCUAACCUUGCAUAAAGGGUGCACAGCCAGUCCCAAGCUAUUGUAAAGAACCAACAACUGUGGUGUGACAAAUUGCAACAGAGAGGGCAUCUGGCUUAAAAGUCAGUCCUAUCCCCAUCCUAAUUAAAGAAAAGGAAGAGAUAUUUUUCACAUGUUGCUAAAAGCUAAUUUAACAAAUGAAUAAUAUAAGACAUUCCAAGAUGACUAUUGCCAAAUAAAAUAAAAAAUAAAAAAUAAAAUUUUAAAAAUACAAAAAAAAAAAAAAAAAAGUAUCACAAUUGUUUAAAACUGGACUUGAAUUCAAAAUAUUAAUAAUAAUAUCAAUUGUUUUUCUUGUUUCAGAUGCAUUUACUUGCAACACCCAGAUUUCUUACUUGUUUAGCUUGAAUUACAAAAACAUUUAUAAAGUAAAUACAUUAAAAUAAUAAGACUUAAAGAGGUGGUAUUAUGCAAACUCGCUCUCAUUUUAUAACUUUGUCUCCUCAUCAAAUCCAAAUCAAACGUCUGAAGAGGAUUUAGAUGUCAUCCAUGCAUGUUUGAGUAAUCUAGAGAUCUCUCCUGCCCAACUGUACACAGCAACUUCACAAACAUAUAUAUAUAUAUAUAUAUAUAUAUAUAUAUAAGUUGAUUUUGAUGUGUUAGCAAUUAAUACCCCAUAGAAGUACAGUACCCCCUAUUUAAUAUUCUGAAUUCAAGUCAUUUUAACUUUUUGCAGGUUUCAGAACAUUUGCCAUAUAAAGCUUACCCAGCUUUUGGUGAUGAAAAUGAACAAAACAUGUCUUAAAACAUGAAUGAUGGAAAUGGCUUGUUGUAAAAUAAAAAGUAAAAUUAAAUUUGUCUGAUCUCGUCCACAGCCAGAGAAGGAAUGAGCAGCUUUCUCUUGAGUUGUGAGGGUCAGAUGUUGAUUUUUCAGACUGUUAGAUUUGAAAUGCAUUGUCCUCUCCUUUAAACUCCCAUGAUGCUUGGCUCUUCACCCCCAGACUGUGGGAGGAGCUACAGCGGAUGUCCUGGUUUGAAAAGGAACUGGACUUUUUGUGUUAAAAAUCUCAGACUGGUUUUGUAGCCUCCUGCUUUUUACAAUCAAUAAAGUUAUCGCAUUUGAA